AUGGCCGCCGAACCCAAUGCCCGUGCCCUCAACUGCGUGGAGUGCAAGAAACCAUGCCAGGACAAGCCUCAUACCGUCAAGGGCCGUGACAAGGACGGCAACGUCACCCGCGUCAUCUGCUCCGACUGCAACGGCCUCAAGAAGCGCAUCUUCGACCUCAGCCAGAUGGAGGACGCCCCAGAAGGGUUCGCGAUGGUCAAAGGCGACGAGCGCGCACAGUUCAUGGCCGAUUGCGCUGGCCUCUAUGGCACAGAUCUCUUGAAUAAGAUGCAGGAGUGGACGACGAACAAGACGUCGAAGAGCCGCGAGACCCAGGACGGCGAAUACGGCGACGCGAUGCCCGUCUGCAUCGCCGCCGAGCUGCCGCAAUUCGUGAGGGACCCUGCAGCGUUCGAGCGGCUGUGCAGUCAGCCUAACAUGACAUUCGAAUGCAAGCACAGCGGCAUGCAGAUGGUGUAUGUGCCCGUGUACAAGUAUCAGGACGUGAACAAACGGCUUGACCAGGAUGAACAGAUCCGUGAGACCAGCGGCGAGGCCAAACUCAAGAAGUCCAAGCCUCAGAGGGCGCCCAGGGAUCCCAAGAGUGAUGCACCUAAGCCGAUGCCCGAAGCCCUCAAGAAAAAGGUCGACAAGGCUGUCCAAGAGAUCGACGCUUGGCUCCACGCGGCGGCUGGCCCGCUCAUGCACGCGAAAGUCGACAGUGACAACUCGUACGUGCCCGCCCACCUCGUCACCAAGGUCGAGUCUAUUGGCACCGAGCUCGAGGAGAUGAAGGGCAAAUUCAAUGAGGCGGUGGAUCAGAAGAUGGAGAGGGGCCACGUGCUGAACUUGUUCGAGCAGUCCAAGCUGAUCGGCAGUCGCCACCAGGAC